UAAAUAAUUUCUCGCUCUCCGUCUCUUUGGCGCUCGACCCCAAAUUGGUAAAUGCUUUCUCUCUCUGCAUAUCCUUUGGUCUCAACUCCAAUUUCGUAAAUGGUUUCUCUCUCUACAUCUCAUUUUGGCUCAACUCCCAUUUGGAGGGAGCUAGAACCUGCUCCCUCCGCUUCUCAAUCCUUUAUUGUGUGUCUGAAACUAUCAGGUCAAGAGGAGAGAGAAAGGAGAGAGGAGAUAAACAGGAAAAUUGCUUCAAAGAAAGCCAUUUCAAUCAUUCUGAGGAGGGAAGCCACGAAGGAGGUGAUAGAGAAGAAGAGGGGCCCUAACAAUUCGAAGAAGCUUCUUCCGAAGACUGUACUCGAAGCUCUCCAUGAAAGGAUCACUGCUUUGAGGUGGGAGUCUGCUCUCAAGGUGUUCGAACUACUACGAGAGCAGCUAUGGUACAGGCCACAUGCAGGUAUAUACAUCAAACUCAUAGUCAUGUUGGGAAAGUGCAAGCAACCCCAGAGAGCAAGGAUUCUUUUUGAUGCUAUGGUCGAAGAGGGUUGCACUCCGAACCAUGAAUCCUAUACAGCCCUCCUCUCAGCUUACAGCCGGAGUGCCCUAUUUGAUGAGGCCUUCUCCAUUCUGGAGCAAAUGAAGGAGAUACCUGGUUGUAAACCAGAUGUUCAUACCUAUUCUAUCUUCAUCAAAUCUUGCCUCCAGGUCUCAGCUUUCGAUUUCGUCCAGAAGCUGCUCUCUGAAAUGGUAAGCCGAGGGGUGAAACCAAACACCAUUACGUACAACACCCUCAUUGAUGCCUAUGGCAAGGUGGGCAGAUAUUCAGAGAUGGAAAGAGUGCUCAUGGACAUGCUUGGUGAGAGUGGGUGCAAACCUGAUGUCUGGACCAUGAAUGCCACUCUCCGGGCCUUUGGUUCCAGUGGCCAAAUCGAGAACAUGGAGAGUUGCUAUGAAAAGUUCCAAGCAAGUGGCAUCCUUCCUGACAUAAAGACCUUCAACAUCCUCCUUGACUCAUAUGGCAAAGCUCAAAUGUACGAUAAAAUGAGUGCAGUUAUGGAAUUCAUGCAAAAAUACUAUUACAAAUGGACCAUAGUCACAUAUAACGUGGUUAUAGAUGCGUUUGGUCGAGCAGGUGACAUAAAGCAGAUGGAAUAUGUAUUUAGAAUGAUGAGAUCCGAUGGGAUGAAACCAAACUAUGUCACUUUGUCUUCCCUAGUGAGGGCCUAUGGGUAUGAGGGAUCUGGGGAGAAGAUAGCACGAGUGCUAAGAAUUAUCGAGAACUCGGAUAUUGUGGUUGAUACUGCUUUCUAUAAUUGUUUGAUAGGGGCUUAUGGUAGGAUUGGUUGCUUGGCUGAGAUGAAGAAGGUGCUAGAGGAAAUGUCAAGGAAGGGUUGCCUGCCUGAUAAGAUCACGUAUAGUACGAUGAUAAAGGCUUACUCGACUCUAGGGCUCAUGCGUCAGGCUAAGGAACUUCAGAGGAGUAGGGAGGAGGCGUUGGAUUUGACAUAUGAUAGUGCCUAAAAUAUAGAGAGCAAAAUUUUGUUUGUGUUUUGCUGCUAUUGAUGUGGGUUUAUAACAGUUUUUUGGAUGCGCAAGCCAAAAAGCUUGAAUGCGUACUCAUGCAUUCAACGAUGUACUUGUUGAUAUUUGAGGUAGUGAUGCUUUGGAGCAUAUUUGUAUGUGUAGUUUCUCGUAUCGCCAAUUUGGCGAUCUGCUUCAAAUGAUACAUGUUCAUGACUUCCAUUUUCUUUAUGA